GACUGAAAUGUCAAUACUGUCAAUAAAAGUCAAUUUUGUUGUGCUGUUUAUCCUUAUUUAUUUAGAUUAUUUGAAAAUAGAACUUUUAAAGGCUCACAUUUUCUUAUUUAAAUGGACAACUUGAAUAUUUCAUUUUCAGACUUUCCUUUUAUUUGUCGUUUAUGUUUAUCGCGAGAAAAUCUACAACAUUUUGAGGAACCACUGAAAAAUAAAUUUAAACUUUUUAUCGAUAUUCAGGUUGACGAGUAUAACAACUUACCUGAGAAUAUUUGUAUAGCUUGUAUAAAAAUACUUCAAGAGACUGAAAUAUUUUUUUUGAGGGUGAAAUUAGUUGACUCUCAAUUGAAACUUAUAUCACAAGCCAAACAUACACAUAGCAGUAAUGAAAUAUCAGACAAUGAAGCUAAUGAUAAUGAUAUAUUCAAGGAAAGAGAUGGCAAUAAUCAAUUAAAAAAUAUCAAACAAGAACCAAAUCAAUUAACAUGCCAGUAUUGUAAUACACCAUUUGCCACCCAUGACCUGUUCACAGAUCACUUUAAGGAUAAUGAAACCUGCAAAUUAAAAAAAUAUUUCUGUUCCUUUUGUGGAAAGCAAUUCAGUUUCCAGUAUAAAAGAAAAGCACAUAUAAUGGCAGAACAUUUUGAAGAAUUACCAUUUGAAUGUAAGCUCUGUGGCAAGAAAUUUAAAUUUUCCCAGAAUCUUUCUAGGCAUGACCGAUCAAUUCAUAAAGGAUUGAAACCAUAUAGAUGUGAAAUCUGUGGAAGAGAUUUUGCAAGACUUGAAAGAAAGAAAUAUCAUUUGAAAAUUCAUUCAUUUAAAAAACCAAAUUGUGCCAUAUAUUUUCCAUGUAGGCAUUGUGGAAAGGCAUUCACUAGUCGCCGGGAAUAUAAAGAACACUUACAAGAACACAAAACAACUAACGAAAGUUUUGAAGACAGCUGUAAUAUUUGUCACAAGAAAUUCUCUUCCAAAUAUGUGCUGCAAAGUCAUAUGGUUAUACACAAAGGCAAGAAAGAGUUCUUGUGCACUAUUUGUGGUAAAGAUUUCUUGAAAAAAUGUUAUUUAGAUAUUCAUUUGAAGAUUCAUUCUGGUGAAAAACCAUAUGAAUGUAAAGAAUGUGGGAAAAAAUUUAGCCAACCUUCUUCAUAUAACAAUCAUUUAAUAAUACAUACGGGCGAACGUCUGCAUAAAUGUGAACAGUGUAAUAAAACUUUUAAACAGAAACCACACCUCAAACGUCAUGAAAUGCUCCAUUUAGGAUUGAAACCAUUCAAAUGUACAUAUUGUAACAAAAGUUUUUCUCAGGCUAGCAAUCUUAAAUCUCACAUAAGAAUACAUACAGGGGAAACACCUUAUCAUUGUAUGAUAUGUUCCAGGGGAUUUUACGAUUCUGGAAGUAUGAAGAAACAUAUAAAAGGGUUUCAUAAAACAUAAUAAAAGUGUUAGUCAUUUAUUCAUCAUUUUUUUGUUAACUUUAUAUACAGAUUCACAUAAUUAUAUCCAUAUAAUAAUAUCUAAUCCCUCCCAAAAUAUGAACUCCAUACUCAAAAUCAUUUAGCAAGUAUUUGAAAAAAUAAGGUUUUUCAAAUGGUUUUCUCUCCAUUAUUUGUCAUUUGUAAAAACUAUUUACUGUCAGCUCUAGCAAUUAAUCCAUAUAAUUCUGGACCACGUUGUAUAUUUAGUAUUCUAUUUUACAAAUACUCAAAGGACUUUAUUUCUUUAUUAAAAUCUUUCUUCAUUCGUGCCCAUCACAGUUUUUUCUGAGUCACCUAAUUUCUUUGGCACAAAUUCUAUAUCUGGGCCUCAUUGACACAUUUUAUUUGGCAAUAUUUAAAAUUUCGUAUCCUCCUAUGACUAUCUAUUUUUUCUGUCGUGUCAUAGAGGGUUGUAUUUGUAUUGUAUGUAUAAUGUUUGACACUCUGUCUUCUGUAGCAUUUGUGUUGUUGAUAGUCCAUGUGUGUAUUUCCGUUAUUGUUUAUACAGCAAAUUUAUACACAGUCUACCAACAACUUGAACCAUGAGAUACUUGGGAAACAAGAGUUUAUACAAAAUUUCAAAUAUUAUGUUAAGUGAUUCUACAAUUUUUUUUUAAAUAAAAAGUGUAGUUAAGUGAUGCAUCAUUUGAAAGGUAAUUUGUUUAUGUACACAAAAAAUUUCAACUUUUUUUUACAAUUUAUUGAAAAACUUUGUAGAUAUUUUAGAUUGAACUAGUUUGUUGAAUAUAAGUCAUAACAUCACCAUUUGAUAUAUGCACUUGUUGGAAAAAUACGUAUUGUACAGUUUAUGUGGGUUAUUUUUGAAUGUUGCUAAAUUGUUCACAAAAUUGAAGCCGAUUAUCAAUAUCAUCUUGAUUCAAGUCAUGUACCAAUUUUAUUUUAUAAGGGUCGAAUUUAUGUGGUUUUCCAAUUAGAUGAACAUAAGAUGCUCAUACACUGGAUGCCCAAGGUCUGAUAGAUUGUCUGAUAAACUAUCGAUAAUGAACUUGUAAAUGACCAAAGACUGCCACUUCAUCUGUGUGAUUUCAAACUUAUUUGUUAGCUGCUUAAUAUAUUGGCGAUUUACAAUUUUCUGGGUGUUUGGUAAUAAAAUUUCUUACCGCAACGUUAGCACACCCGAUCGGCUUUUGGCUUUACUGAAGUCGUGUAAUAAGGAUUCGUAUCAAUUUUUGCAGCUAAUAUGCUUCGGUUCUGUCUGAUAUUGUUUCUUAAUUUUUAAUAAUUUUCAACUUUUUUCUACGGAAGCUGUACUCAGAAGUAUGGUCAAAAUAAUUCUAAUAGUAAUGUACGGAAAUAUGUAUUCUAAACAAUUUGUUAUUUUGUAUUGAAUCAUCUAAUUGGUGCCUCUAAAGGAGAUUGGUAGACUAGAUAAUAAAAGUUUUAGUUCUUCAUAAAAUGAGACUCAAAAAUAAACAUGGGGAAAUUUCUAGUUCAUAGCAAACUUUGAUUUGAGUUUGAAUAAGCGAAAGGCUACUGUGACUUUAUAAAGCGUAAUACUGGGAGAUGUAUUUUCUCAGUUUUAGGAAAAACUAUUGUUAUUACCAAUAAGUCUUUAUGUUAGUUCCUUUAAGUGCCAGACCGUGGACAUUGUUGUGCGACUGUAUAUAACUACUGUUGAGAAUAUUGUACUAUCCAAUUAAUAAUGAUAGAUUUUCAAUAGUUUGUUUUUUGGGACCGAUCCCAUAAUCGUCAAGCAUAAAUCUUGCGAAGAAGUUAAUCUUUACAUUAUAUAGUUCUGUGCGAGAAUAAAUUGUAUUUUGUGUUGCAUAGUCGCUAGUGUAAAAAUUGUGACAGCAACAAAUUCCUAUCAAUGUGCUGAAAACUCUUGAUAUUUCAACUUCAAAAGCCACAACGUUUAACGAAAACUCUGUGCUGUAACUUACAGGGAUAUUUAAAGAAAUACUAAAGUUAUUGAUAUUAGUAACUUAAUUAAUUGUCCCAAAAUUCCUUCUGUCCCAAAUGUCUUCUGACACCGUACUGACUAAUAACCUCACUUCUGACGUCAUCAUUAACUUUAAGGUCUAUAUAUUUUUGCAUAAUCUCACACCAAUUCUGGAAUCAUUUUGGGAACAAGAAAAAGUCAUCAGACGAUAAACCGGGUGAAUGCAGGGGCAAUGGGACAUUAAUUUGAUGUUUUUCUUCUCCUCCUACAAAUGUUCAGUUGUUUGACGUGCUUUAUGCAUUUAAAGUUGAUAGUAUUGCAGUCUACGAUAUCCUAAGGGGCGACUCUACCUGUUUGUAAGCCACAUGCCGAUCUUCUUUGAUCACGUUGCGCACAGCAUCGAUGUUUCUCGGUAUGACGACCCAUUUUGGCUGACCUUUUCGACAUUCAUCACUGAUAGACACACGACCAUGACGAAAUUCUGUUGACCAAUUUUAAAUAGUGCAUGAAGCGAUUCUCUGCAUUGUUGUUGAGUAAGGCCUAAUCGUGCAACGCAAGCCUUCCUGUGUGAUUUCCUUUUUGCACAAACUUGCUUAUUUAAACGUUUGUUUUCAACAACUUACUCAUACAUGUCAUUAACGCCACCUAUUGUUCGAUUGUAAAAACUUAAAAGUCAAUAUUAUAUUAUAAAUAAUUACGGUAAUAAUAUUAUAUGUAAUAAUUUCGUUCUCUUUUUAAAUGUUGAAGUUUUUUGAAUGAGCGUCAAAAAAAAAACAUUGUGUUGAACUUGUGUGAAAACAUUUUCUCAUACUCGCUCAAAAUUUGUGAAACAAAUAACUAUUACUAACACACGAAUGUUUUUUGUCCCCGAGAAUCGGUACUAACCUUUGCUUCAUUUUUACCGAAUAAAAAGAAACUGCAUCAUACUAUGAAAAUCUCGAAAUUUUCUUCAGUUUCAUUUUUAUGUUACUUGGAAAUUAUUUCUAUUCACAUUUUGUUUGCACGCGCGUAAUGACAAAUUUUGACAGACCUUACUUAUUAUACUAGUUAACAAAAUUCAACUUUUUUUACCGCGGAUUUUGUGGUUGAUAACGUUCACUUAUCACUUGUUUUUGUCAAAUCUACUAUUAAUUUUUUGAAUAGGUCGAUUUGCGUUGUUUUUGAUUAUUAUCCUUUAAGCGAGUAUAUUAAUAUCGAUAACAGGCGUUUUUUACAGUGGUAAGGUUAGUACCUUGCAUCAUGUAGCUCAAAGAGACGUUGAUUGCAGAAAUUAAAAAUAAUUUUUGCUAUAUAAUACGUAGAAUGUUGAAAGAUUUUAGAAAGUUAUAUCAGUAUUGGCGAAAAAUACCUAUUUUGAGUAUUUUGGGAUGCUUUUGGAUAAAAAUGAGUUUUGGGCUUCCAAUUGUGCUUGUGAAUUGUGAGUGGAAUACAUAAGAUUAUGGAAAUGUGGUAAAAUGAGUACAUUUGAAUUAGGAUCCCUGGCUAUUUGGCGAGAAUCACGAAAUAAUCUCCAAGACUGUUAUUUUUGUAGCGUGAGCGUAAACGGUUUAAAAAUUGAGGUAAAUGGAAGUAUCCAAGUACUAGUUAUGUUCAACAUCCAGUGCAACUCUCAUCUGACUCUUAAGUGUUGAAAAAUAUAUCUGAACCUUUAGAACAAGGCAUUGAAUGACCAAGCUAUUUACAAAAUGAUGCUGAUUUUGAAGGUAUCAAAUGAACCAAAAUGCUUUUCUAAAAAUGAGUUAGAUGAUCUUGUUAGAGAUUUAAAUCUUUCUAAACAAGCUUCAGAAUUGUUAGCAUCAAAA